GUCAAUUUUGCUGUUUUUAAUUUUAAUCGAAUACUUGCUGCUUUUCGGUUUCUCCCGCUUAAAAAAAAUCCGAAAAGCAAAUUAGCAAAAGCAUUUCAAUUUUGAAAAGUACCUACUCUAUAAUUUAACAUUUGUUAUUUGUUUUAACAUUUAUCUGAUUAUUCCCGACCAGACAGAGUUCAUAUAGAAUCCAAAAGAUCAUUAUUUAAUUUAACAUCCCUUGGGUAUUGGAUGUCAGACGGUGACAACGCCACCACGUCCAACGGGGUCCAGGAACCAGGCCCCAGUGACGAAAUGUCGAUGUACAAAAAGGAUGCUUUCAAAGUUGUUACUUUCCAAUUAGUUUACGAUGAAGAUGAUUUGGAGUCUGAUCAGGCAGUUAAGUUCAAGCCUGAGAUGGCACAUCAGAUUUUUGGUGAGAGUGAAUCGAUCUUUGGCUACCGAAGCCUGUCAAUCUUCAUAAACUAUUUACACAAUUCGAGCCGCUGCUACCUAGACAUACGAAGCUCUGGUAAAAUUAACAGCAGCAACGGAAAAGCCGAGGAUAUUCCAAAGGCCAUGAACGAUUGGAUGCCUUCAAAUUACACCACAAGUUUAGAGGAUUUCACAGGUUGGAUACAAAAUGAAGAACACGACAAAAUGUAUGGGGAAUUAUUGACAACGUUUACCCCCAAAAAGGCAAGCCCAAGGUUUCCAGAUAUCGAGGCGACAUAUAAAAUCACUAAAAUCACUACAGCUAGUGAAGAAUUUACUGAUUUCCAUGCAAGAUUCGAAACUUAUAUUACAUGGUUCAUUGAUGCUGCCAACUUUAUCGAUUUGGAGGACGAUAAGUGGCUCUUCUUCUAUGUUUAUGAAGAAUUUGAACAUCCAAAGUUUAAAAAAAUCUACAGAACUCCAGUGGGUUUUUGUACGAUUUACAAAUUUUAUGCUUAUCCUAGAAACAUUAGAGCAAGAGUUAGCCAAAUUUUCGUUUUGCCUUCACAUCAGAAACUUAGAAUCGGUACUGCUCUGUAUGAAACAGUUGCCAAAAAUCUUAGAGCUAUGGAAGAAGUACUUGAUAUUACAGUUGAAGAACCAACACCGACCUUCCUGAAAAUGCGCGACUUAGAAGAUUGUGGCCUGCUCCAUAAAGAAAUAAUCAAAAAAAAUAUCAAAUACUUUGCCACAAGCUCCAAAAUUAUUUUUGAAAUGGGUAGAAAUCUGAAAAUUGGCAAAAGGCAGAUACAACGGAUCUACGAUAUUUUGGGCCUGUAUUAUGCAUCACAAGAAGGACCUAAACAUUACAAUGCUAAAUUGGAUAAUAUUAGGUCGAGAAUAAUUGCAGACCUUGAGAAAGAGUCAAGGCCAAGCAAAAGGUUAUGUAAUCACCCAGGAUUAUCUCAGCAAAAGCUUAAAGUAGACAAAAAGACUGAAAUAGAAGCAGAAUAUAGAAAGUAUUGCGACGAUGUAGAACCUUCUGUGAAGUAUAUGGAGGAUAAACUUGAAAGUUGGUUGAAGAGGAAUGAGUGUAAAGAUUAGUGUAAUUUUUGUGUUUUAUAUAUUUUUUUAUAAUUGUUUUGGUCUCAAUUUUCAAUGUAUGUUAACCAGUGAUUUUUCGAGGAUUUUUUCAUUCAAAUUAUUUGUCUUUUAAAUUGAAUUUUUUGUCUUUUCUUUAAUAUUUUUAGAAAAUACAUUUUUUUAUAAUA